AUGACAGAAAACCUUCGAUUAACUGCGGGGUCUCCCUCACCGUUGCCUAUAGGAUUCAAUUCUAAGAAAAGGAGCAGAACAGCGUGCACUCGCUGCAAGGACAAGAAACAGAGGUGUGAUGGCAAUUAUCCCGUCUGUGGAAAUUGUCAAAAGGUAGUUGCAGAAUGUGACCUACAUGUCAUUCGUGCCGAUGACCGAUUGGUAGAGGAGUAUAUCAAAGCGCUGGAAGACCGAGUCGCAGAACUUGAGAUUAGAUUAGAUUCCUCUUCCACCACCACCACCACCACCACAGAGACCCCUUCGGCAAACCAACAAGACAUAACAAUACAAUCCCAAGCAGCACAGAGAAAUGCUCUUGGCGAAAUAGCUGAGUUCUUGACUCUUGGCCAUUUCGAAGGACCGGCCUAUGUAGGCUCGUCAUCGGGACUUUCAUUAGCGCUCAAUCUGAGGGAAAUGGUUCAGGCAUCCGUUUGGAACAAGGCCUUGGCUACAACGGAUGCUGCCGAAGAUGGGUCAAACGUAUCAACUCCAGAGACGGGCCCUUUCCCCAUCGAUACCCGUGUCAGAGAUGACAGUAUUCGCAUGAGACCCUUGACACUGGAGGAAAUUCGGAAAAAGAGUGCCGGCCCUCCAUCAGAAGAAGAAGGGUUAAGAUUUAUAUCAGCGUACUUUACACGGGUUGCAACGCGGUAUCCAUUUAUGGACUGGGAAGAGAUGGAAAAGCUACAUUCGGACCGGCUUAGGCUUUCUACUAGCAACAACUUGUCGAGACGGGAAAAAUUUGGGACGUUCAAACUAUAUCUUGUGUAUGCCAUUGGAUCUAGUUUGCUUGCUUUGACGGAAAAGGAUUUUGCAUCAUCGUCCUCCUCAGAGAGUCUAUAUAUGACGGCUCUACAGCACAUUUCUGCAGCUCGAGAGUCGCGGUCCAUACACAAUAUCGAAGCCAUGACGCUACUUGUGAUCUACCAUCUACGAUCCAGUGCAAGUAGCCACGGUUUAUGGUACAUGAUUGGUUUGGCGAUGAGAACAUGCAUUGAUCUUGGACUGCAUCGGAAGAACAAGGAGAUCAAUCGAGAUUCAAUAACUAGCCAACGCUAUCGCACUCUUUUCUGGACUGUAUACUCACUUGAACGUACAAUCUCAAUCUCCCUCGGACGUCCAGUCAGCAUUGCUGACCGACACAUUGAUGUUGAGCUCCCAGAUGUGAUUGGAUCAACUGCAAUGAAUCGGAAUCCGGAAACAUCAUUUGUCAAGAAUAGCAAAAGUCAAAGUAAUGCGAUGGCGAUCCAUCUUUUCCGCAUCCACAUCCUCGAAUCUCGAAUGCAUCACUCAAUCUACCGAACGGACAAACCCCUAUCCGAACUUUGUCAAAAACUAACUCGUCACUAUCAUGAAUUCGAGGCAUGGAAAAUGGACUUGCUUCGCUCAUUCCCAGAUGUUGAUCUGGACUAUCCGAUUCUCUACUAUCAUCGCGCAAUCCGUCUGCUUCUUCAGCCAUUUCUCAGCAUUCUACCUUGCACAGAUCCGUAUUAUACAAGCUGUCUCGAAUCCGCGCUGGAAAUUUGUCACAUCCACAAACGGCUUCAUCAGACACUUGACUAUGGCCACUCUUUUAUUGCCGUGCAGACUGUUUUUGUAGCAGGUGUCACCUUACUUUUCUGUGUCUGGACCAAGACAUCUACCGUCUGGUCUGUCAAAGUUAGUAAUGGUAUUCGUGCUUGUUCUAAUGUACUCUUCGUCAUGGGCGAGCGAACUAUGUGGGUCAAGAAAUAUCGUGAUGCUUUUGAGUUGUUGACAAAUGCAACGAUGGAGAAAUUGCAGGGCAACUUGAAAGAACAGGCAGGUAUAUUAGAGACAGCGCUGAGUGUUUCCGGGUACGAUCAUAAUCAUCGACAUCAUCAUCAGCAUUAUCAUCAGGCAACACACUACGAUGAUGUACGGAAUCGCAGGUUUGAAGAAUAUUCGCAAUCGGGUCGAGGAGAUUCGGGCGCGAUGCAGAUCAUCAAUGAACUGGCGAGCUGGAUUGACCAGGAUGGUCACUCGGUCUGGAUGCCUGACUUUGAAUCUUUACAGGGUGGAACGGGUCACCUAGGAUUCUAA